AUGAAUUCGUCUAUAUUCAAAUUAAUUCAGAAUGUUUCUGCUGUGUCUAAAAGUUCGGCAAUACUAUCUUCUCAGUUCCAUACCUCGCCAGCGUUAUGCCGAGUUGUUUCAGGCAAAUAUAGGAUAACGAAGAAGAGAGACAAACCUCUUACAUAUGAAAUGGCGAAUCCACCACAUUACAUUGCGCACAGAAAAACAUGGAACUCCUGGAAUACUUCAAGUUUAAAGGAUGGCCUGCGAAGACCAGAAACAGCAUUAGAAGAUGAAUUUAUCAGAAGAUUUAUGAAUGGGACAUGGCAUGGUUUAGUCUGUAGUGAAAUUAUCAUAAAGAGGCAAUUUAAUCACAUUCGUGUUGCUGCUAUAAUUAGAAGAGCUGUGUCACCUACAAAAAUGUACUUCCUGCUUGGUUAUUCCGAAGAGCUAAUGGCAAAUUGGUUACAUUGUCCUGUUACACUUGAACUGCAAACAGUGGACAGCUUCAAGGAUGUCGUUUUUAAAUAUAUUUAA